UGAGGAUAUUGACGAGCAUGGCGUUUUUUAAGGAUUGUUUCGUAUGCUAUUUUCGUCCGUCUAUUUGAACAAAUCUAAAGUAUGCAGUGUGAGUCAGAAAAUAACAACUUGAUGUAAAAAUUUCUCUGUGUGAUACACGAAACGCUGGCUGUCAUUUCCGGAUUAUAAGUAACGCAAUAUUGAACAUAAAUGAGAAAUUGUCAGUAAUGAAGAAGGCAAUAUUAACGUUAGUUUGGCUGAUGAUAACCAUUGCAAUAGCAACGGAAAUGUCGAAUCACCGGACGCUGAAAGCAACCUACGGCAUGGACGUAAUCAAUAAUAAAACACAAGGACUUUUUAAAAGGAAAAUUUUAGCGUCCAACACUAAAACAUCAUCAGAAGAUUUAGAAAAUAGUCAAUACGUUGAUGUUAAUUGGGAUAAAGACUUAUUUAAAUUAAGAUUUCGGGGUAGAAAAGGAGGGAGAUUUAGAAUAAGAAGAGCUCCGAAGUCAACACUCGGAGAACCUUGGCCUUUGCCACAACAGUAUACUGUAAAUCGAAAUAUUGUGUUUAGUCUUGACAACGAAAACUUUGUGAUUGCAAAAACAUUAAAAACGUGUGAUAUAUUAGAAAAAGCAAUUCAAAGAUAUAAAGAUAUUAUUUUUGCAUUUGCUUUGGAAGAAAUUCACGAAAAUUUCGAUAACCUGCUACCAAAGACCAACUCAGAGAGUACUUCACACGUGUACCAAGAUACCAGGAGUAUUAAUACGUUGAGGAUUGCCGUCAAGAAUUCAUGUGCCAAAUACCCUAGUGAUAUCUCUAAAGAGGGAUAUGUUCUCAGAGUCAACGAGUCAGGGAUCCAUCUUGACGCUGUGGAGGUGUGGGGGGCUCUGCGGGGGCUGGAGACCUUGAGCCAGCUGGUGUAUAAACGUGGUGAAAAGUUUUAUAUCAGGCAGGUUUCGAUUGACGACUUUCCCCGGUUCCGAUAUCGAGGUUUAUUGGUGGACACAGCGAGACAUUACUGGCCUAAAGAACUGUUGUAUUCAAUGAUGGAAGCCAUGGCAAUGACAAAAAUGAACGCAAUACACUGGCACAUCGUAGAUGACCAAUCGUUCCCCUACCAAAGCAAGGCAUUUCCGGAACUGUCUGAAAACGGUGCCUUUCAUCCGUCCAUGGUCUACACACCGAAAGAUAUUGCCGACAUCAUAGAGUUUGCCAGAAUACGGGGGAUAAGAGUGAUCCCAGAAUUCGACAUUCCAGGUCAUACGUUUUCGUGGGGGCUUGGCAAACCGGAACUGAUGGCUCAGUGUUACUCUGAUACAAUGGAGCCGAUACCCGGUCACUACAUCAAUCUUGAUCCCAGCCGUAACAAGACGUACGACUUCCUGGAGACAUUAUUCAAGGAAGUCAUGGGACUAUUUGAAGAUGCCUACAUACACACCGGUGGUGACGAGGUUCCUCUAGACUGCUGGCGAACCAACCCCGGAAUUCAACAGCUUGUUCGCAAGUUAGAUAACAGUUGGAAGACGCGAGAAACGGGCAAACCUUUAACAGCGAAGGCAUGGAACUACUUCGUAAAUCGAGUAACAAGUAUGGUUAAGAGGAUAGGAGAAGAGAGAGGCACCAAAAAGCGUGUGAUCAUGUGGAACGAAGCGUUUAGAAACGGCUUAAAGAUUCCGAAUGACUCUAUAAUACAAGUGUGGUUUGGCAACUCAAAAGAAGUGGAAAAGGUGAUCGAAAAGGGCCACAACGUGAUCUACUCGGAGUGCUGGUAUCUAGACAAGGUUCAGUCCAACCUACAAUGGCCCCAACACUACCUGUGUGACCCAAAUAGUCGUACACCAGGGUUUGAGAAGAGAGAAGCUAAGAUAUUAGGUGGGGAGGCGUGUCUCUGGAGCGAACACAUUGCCAGUGAAGUCGCCAUGUUUUACGCCUGGCCACGGGCGUCCGUCGUUGCUGAGCGACUGUGGAGCCAUAGGGAUGUCCGAGAUAUAGACAAGGCGGCAGCUCGUCUUCAAGAACACAGAUGUCGCAUGCUCAGGCGAGGAUUACAAGUUAAUAUGAUCAAUGGGCCCGAUUAUUGUCCUCCAUUCUCAAAUGUUACUAAAUCAAAGGUCAAGCUCGCUGACAAGGUUCCAAACACAAAUAACGAUGCCAAGGUUCCACCAAAAUAUGACGAACAAAAGGUUAAAAACCCCGAAGACAGACAAAUAAAGAUGAUUAUCGACCAGUUAAAAGAAGAUAUCCCAAUGUCAGUGAAGGAAAACAAAAAGCGUAAAAUGCGACUCAAAACCCAACAGGAAACCGUGUUCACCAUUAUGUUAUUUCUCCCAUUCCUUAUGUUUACGUUGUUAUACUGCUUUUUAAAGAUAAAACGAUCGAAGUUCCUGGGAAGGAUACUUUAUAAAUUAAGCAUUACAAAUUUAUGUUGAUAUUUUUGUAUCCUGAUAUUAAUUUAUAUUUGAAUAAAUUUAUACAUUACAUCAAAUAAGUUGGUUGUUAUGAAACAAAGACCUGUUUGCAUGUAGCAUG